GUUCUUCUUCUUAAUCGGCAUUAUAAGCAAAAGUUUUCCAAAAGUCAUCUAGCUGAUUUUAUUACACGGCCAACCUUUAAAUAUAGAUAAUUAAUAAUUAAUAGGAAAUUAUGCCAUCAUUGGAGGUAAAUGUAAACAAGGUGAUUGUGCACCCAUUGGUGCUGCUCUCUGUAGUGGACCACUUCAACCGCAUGGGAAAGAUUGGAAACCAGAGACGAGUUGUCGGUGUGUUGUUGGGCUGUUGGCGUUCAAAAGGAAUACUUGAUGUAUCCAACAGUUUUGCUGUGCCUUUCGAUGAGGACGAAAAAGACAAGUCAGUAUGGUUUUUGGAUCACGAUUAUUUAGAAAACAUGUAUGGCAUGUUCAAGAAAGUAAAUGCACGCGAGCGGGUCGUUGGUUGGUAUCAUACUGGCCCUAAACUACAUCAAAAUGAUAUUGCAAUAAAUGAAUUAAUACGCCGCUAUUGUCCCAAUUCAGUGUUGGUGAUAAUUGACGCGAAACCUAAAGAUUUAGGUCUACCUACUGAAGCAUAUAUUGCAAUUGAAGAGGUGCAUGAUGACGGUUCACCCACCAGUAAAACAUUUGAGCAUGUACCAAGUGAAAUUGGAGCCGAAGAAGCGGAAGAAGUGGGUGUGGAACAUCUGCUGCGAGAUAUUAAGGAUACCACAGUUGGUAGCCUCUCACAAAAAAUUACCAACCAAUUAAUGGGUCUGAAGGGUUUGAACGCACAAUUACACGAUAUUAAGAACUAUUUACAACGCGUCGGUGAUGGUAAAAUGCCCAUUAAUUAUCAAAUUGUGUACCAACUUCAAGAUAUAUUCAAUUUAUUGCCCGACAUCACAAGUGAACAGUUCACUGAGACGAUGUACGUCAAAACGAAUGAUCAAAUGCUUGUCGUAUAUUUGGCGUCCAUGGUACGUUCCAUCAUUGCAUUGCACAAUCUCAUCAAUAACAAGCUGACGAAUCGUGACGCAGAGGAGGGCAAAAAAGUUGACAAGGAUGCGGAGAAGGAAAAGGAGAAGAAUAAGGAUAAAGAUAAGGAUGGCAAAGAUGUGAAGGACAAAGACAAGAAGAGCGAUGAGAAAUCUGCUAAAAGCACGGAAGAUAGUGGCAAGAGUACCAAGAAAUAGGAACGAAAGAAUAGGAAGAAACCGCACCGAAAGAAGAAGAAAAAUAGAAAAAACCACUAGAGCGUUAACGUUGUUUCAGCAGAAGGAAAUAAAAGAAAAUAAAAGCUGUGCGAAAGCGGUAAAAAAGAUAAAUAAAAAAUAAUUAACUCCAACAUUAAUGCAUACACUUCUUCAUGUACAUUUAAGUUUAGUAUAUGUUACGCAAGUACUUUACAUACAUACAAUAAAAAAGAAUAUCCAAUAAAUGCAAGCUGUACGUGUAGCACUACUAAAUAUAAAACAACUUUGUACACCAUUUAAUUUUUGACGUUUACUAAAGAAUAACGGGGAAAUGUGUUUCUUCUACGCUUGCAACUUACGAUUUUUUCGCUUAAAACUAAUGUCCAUAUACUUAAUUUAUGUAUGUGCAUAAACAAUAGUACAAUAUAAGAAAUGUUUACCAAAAAAACAACAACGAAA